GUUUACAACCGGUCAAACCAAAAGUACACGUGCAUUCGAUGGCGAUGAUUUGUUGAGAUAACCACAUGUACAUGAUUAUGGAUAGAUGAUCGGAUAUGGCCGUUAUCUGCAGAUCUGAGUUUGGUUGGGUUUUAGACCACAAACAGUACUUAGAUAAGAUUUACAGUCAGGAGAGUGCACAGUCAUCUGGCAGAGACCUGACAUUUCAAUUCCAAGCUGACCUUUUUCAUAUAAAGAGUCCUUUUAUGAUGGACAGUCAGUUUGCAGCUACAAAAGAAAGGACAACAGAAGAAGGGGAAUCAAGUGUACAAAGAAAACGAAAGAAGAAACGGAAAGCUGAGUUGAAUUGGGGUGAACUGAAAGCUGCCGAUUAUCACAAUCAAAUCAAAGAUCAAGUUCUAACAGCCGUGAAUACAUUACUAGAAUUGGGAAAGGAGGCUGGCUAUUUCCCUACUGAAAAGAAUUUACAAGAUUUAGACAACAAUCUGAAGGCGCGGUCAGCAAUGAAAUCAGUUGAACAGACUGAUGAUCAUCUACAAGAAUCUUGUUACCAGACUGACAUUACCAGCAGCCUUCACCUCAAGGGGAUAGCAUUAAAGAACAAUGAUUCUGUUAUGGUGAGCAGCAUUAUCAACAGACCUGUCCAUUACCAUGGUGCUGACCCUGCUGUAGUCAGCCUGGACGAUGAACUUUACCUUCUGCCACCAAGGUGUUCCUUCCUCUUGUCAGACAUCAGCUGUCUCGGCUUGCUGGAGACAAACACAGAAUUUCCCUGUUUUGAUAUGAUUGUGAUGGACCCUCCAUGGCAAAAUAAAUCUGUCAAAAGACUGAAAAAAUACAACAGUAUUAGUAACGAAGAUUUAUUAGACAUUCCUAUUCCAAGACUAGGGACAGAUAACUCUCUUGUGGUUGUAUGGGUGACCAACAGAUGGCAGCAUAUUCAUUUCAUUAAAGAUACACUGUUCCCUGGAUGGUCAGUUCAGUUUGUGGCUGAAUGGCAUUGGGUUAAGGUCACAAAAGAAGGCGAGAUGGUCUACGCCUUUGACUCCCCACACAGAAAACCUUACGAAGUUCUCAUUAUUGGCAGAUGUAGGAAACCAACAGUUGAGACAAAAACUGAUGAUGUUGAUGUUGAGACAUUUUUACAACAAAAGGGAAUCUCCCCAAUCCCUAAGAGUCAGUGUAUAGUCAGCGUACCCUGCUGCCUCCAUUCUGUCAAACCUCCACUACAAGAGGUGAUGAAGGACUACCUUCCACUAAAGCCUCAUUGCCUGGAACUGUUUGCUAGAAAUCUCACCCCUGACUGGACCAGCUGGGGUAAUCAGGUUCUGAAGCACCAGCAUCAGAAGUACUUUGAUGCUGUAACGUGAUGUCAUAUCAGUAAAAUGUAUCUGAAAUUCAAUUCCUAACAGCAGAAAGACUCCUUCAUUGCUGGAUGUCAUACACCCAGCAAGUCACUUGCUUGGAUAGUCUUGUAAAGGAACAUUUCCUCUCAGAAGUAUUACUGUAUUGUCACUUCAUGUGAUAGUACAUGCAGCGAGUAUACACUGGUUCAAAUAAAUGGGAUGCAGUCUUCUCCAAAUCAGGAAUUAUAUGUGCUCUCAUUUUGGUCAAUUUGGACAGUGUCAGUACAUCAUGGACGAGACGUAACCAGUUGUUAUAGCCAUUUGACAAACUAGGCGGGCAUGGAAAGGUUUGUCAUCGUCUUUCUGCCUUGCUGGUGUCCUCCCUGUGUACUUCCACAAAGGCCAACAAGAAGGGUUUGUUUUAUAACUUGUUUGAUCAUUGUUGCAUAAUAAAGUUGAGUUCAACCAUAAUGAUAGUCUGCAUUUUGUGAUUUCUUGUUCAGGGAUCGAUAUAUUCAUUCAAAUUGUGUUCAACUAAUUUAAUUUUUUUUACACGAAAAUAAAAAAUAAUCACAUUAUUGGCAUUGAAACCUUUAUUAAUAAAAACAGAAAUAAAUAUACGACAUGGAUAUUACAAUAUUUUUUAUUUUCAUAUUCUUUUAUGAUAAUUAUAAAACAAACAUUACAAUGUUUGAUAACAAGUGAUGGUUCUCAUGACUGAUUGGAAAAUUGGAAAAGUUAUAUUGAUAGAAAACAUAAUGAUUUUUAUUAAGAUAAUAUUGUCCAACAAGAUGAGGCCUUCGUACAUUGUGUCCUUCACCAUCUGUCCUUCUCUGGUGAAAAAUGACAGAGAAGGACUCGAAAUUGAUAG